AUGAGCAAGAAAAUGACUUACGACGGCAUUUCCCGGGCCCUCAAGCCUGCAGUGCUAAUUCAGUGGUUCGAUGCGGGCCGGCAGGCCAUACACCUGCUGAUGCCCGCGAAGGGCCCGUCCCGGGCAGAGGUGUUGCCCGACGCGGCAGCUCAGGGCCCCGCUCAUUGGCCAAGCCGCCAUUAUCACGCAGCUCGCGCCUCGGCCGCGGCGGCCGCCAGUCAGAGGCUGGCGCGCGCCCCCGUGGUGCGCGCUGACACACCCCCUGACGCCUCGCGGUCCCGCCCCUCUCCGACUUUCCGUAGCGCAAGCCUGGACGCCGUGCGCCUUCCCUAUUGGGCGCGCUCCCGGCGCUCCGCCGGCCUCCUCCCUUGCCCGCGGCUUUCAGGAGCCAGGAGUUGCAGAAGGUGUGCGCGCUCCCGAACGCAUCUUUCUAGCCCCUCCCCGCAGGGGGUAGCCGGACCGCGGAGUCGGGAGACCACUCCACGCCCGGGGCUCGGUUGGCCUCCAGCCGCAGGAGGCGCGCGCGGCCUGCGGUUCCCGGGAUGGUCUGCAGCAGCAAGUCCGGGCCUGGGGGAGCGCGCGCCCGGCGGUCUCCCUUCCACCUCCCCGCCCCCCUCCGACCUACAGAGCCGCGGGCAGUGCCUUGUUCCAGUCUUCAUCUGUCUGCCGGAAAUAACGCCAGUCAAAGCUUGGUUUCUGCCCUUAAAGGUCCAGAUUCCAGGGGGAAGUUUGAUGAUCAGCGUUAAAUCACCAACACAAGGCAAGGGCCAGGUCCUGGAGGUCCAUGUAGACCAUAUAAUGAAUUCUGAGAUGAAGUAAUUGAAGGUUUUUUUAAAUUGCAAUAAAAUAUACUUGACAUAAACUAAUCGUUGUUAAAGGUACAGUUCAGUGGCAUUAAGUAUAUCAUACUGUUGUGCAACCAUCACCACCAUCCAUCUCCAGAACUUUUUAAUCUUCCCAAACUGAAACUCUAUACCCAUUAAACAAUAAUUCUCCAUUUCCUCUUCCUGCUAUUGUACUUUCUCUCUAUGGAUUUGACUGUUUUAGGUAACUCAUAUAAAUGUUAUAUGACA